AUGCGUCUCCGCAGCCGGCUCGCGCCUCCGUCCCGCGACCUGCUCGCCGGCUUGGCGCGCCCGCCGGCUCGCGCCUGCAUCACGGCCACUCCUGCGCCCGUCCCCGGCCAGCUCCGUCACGCCCUGCCGGCUGCCCUAGCGCCGGGGCCGCCUCCUCACCCGCCUGGCCGCCUGGCCGGGUCGCCGUCUUGCCACCUCCCGCUGGCCCAGGCCGGCUCUUGCCUGCUCGCCGCCUCCGCCGUCUACCCUGCAACGGUGCUGCGCCGGCCUCCUCCAGCCGCCCCUCCCCACCGGAGCUGCGCCGUCCACUCGUGCCCGAGCUCCUCCCCAUCGCCUCGCCCCCGGGUGCCCCUACAUCGCGCGCCACCUGGCCGCGCCUGCGCCGCUGCGCUGUCUUCCUCCACAAGCACGGCCGCGUCCGACUCCCCGACGACGCCCCGCACCUGCCCGAGCACCCGGCUGCUCCAUCCCUGCGCCGUCUGGUCGCACGAGUCCCGCUCCGCCUCACGUGCGCCCGCAUUCGGCCUCGCCGGGCUCGCCUGCGUCCACGCCCCUGGGCGUCCGGCCGCCUCCCUGCACUGGCCCCGCGCCGCCUCCUCGGGACUUUCGCGCCGGCUCCGCCUUCUCGCCUAG